AUGGCUGAGCGGACCAAGCCCAGGACCAUCUCGGGUUGUUCCUCGGUCAGCCAGGGGUGGGAACUUAAAUCGCAAAUUUGGGCCCUGGGGAUCGCGGGGUUCGGAAGAAGCGGUGCGCCUCCGGUCUCAUACGCACAAUCUGAGAGAAAAAAAGCAAGCUUCUGUCUUUUCACCGUUCACAUCGCGUAUGGAAUAUUGUUCGCCAGGACUCAAGCAGCGAUCACCGAGCUCGUUAGUCCAGCGGCAGCCAGAAGGAUGCUCACCGAGUACGGCACCAUAGGGAACCCCCUUGUCAAUCCAGUGAUGAUUACUGUGGAAGGAGACAUGCGAUGGAAGGAGAGCCCCAUGUCCUUGGACUUGAGACAUGUCGAAAAGACACACGAUCAUAGCCUAGAAAGCUCCGACGUAUUACUGUGGACAUAUGCUACAAUAGAAGACACUCUAGAGGCUUGCUCGAGUGUCCCUUUGACGAUUCUAGCGGACACAGGGGGCCCGGCAUCGAGUCCAGGGGUUAAGCAAAACCAUUCCAUUUCCACAUCCUCAAAGGGAUGCUCUGCUUGUCUUCACUUGAGAGGGCAGUUACGGUCCUUCCAAAUUGUCAAGAACCUCCAGAGGGCAGUUAGACAACUGGCAGUGCUAGAAAAGCUAUCAUCAAACUUUACCUCGCGCGCGGUCAAGAUCCUUCAUCUUCUCUUCCAAGUCAACCGCCAACGUGCUACACUCUUCUUCACUUCCCUCCUCUUGGUGCCAGCUUUCAAGCUUCUCAGAAUACUAUCUUCUGGCGUGAAGUUCAACAAACUAUCAUCGUCAAACCCGCAAGCUAAUCCGGCUUUAGCCAACAAGUAA